GUGACGUCAUCCCGCUGGCGUUUGUCGUCAUGCUGUUUACGUUCAGCGACAUGAAUAAAGUUUGUUCCUGUUGUCCUGUGAAACAUGAUCGUGAGUGUGAUGUUUUAUGUGCUCUAUCCGCUCUCGAGAUUCAUCGGCAGACUUUCAGAAUUGCGGCGCAAGGCACCAUCUGUGUACGUUAAUGGCAAAGAGGUUUGGGAUGGUGGCGGAGCUCUUUCUGGACAGCAGCAGACGGGACUGUCACAGCAGUGGCACAGCGAAGGAAACACAGACACCGGUCCCGAUCCAGACCACACGGAGACAGAGAGUCCUCAGGGAACGGUGGAGAUGCCCUGGAUGGAAGCUUCAGCAUCAUCUGUGAACGAUGGAAAUGAAGACAGUGAGGAAGAGGCUUUGGUGCUGAAGGAAGAAAACUUCUCAACAUCAGUGCUCAGAUGUUUAGAAGAAACAAGUGAUAGUGACUCUGUGAUAAAUGAGUCCGCCAAAACUGAGUUUCAGAGACACCCUGACGCCCAAGACACUAAAGACGAACGCAGCUGCGCUCAGUAUCUGACAGCGGACAUUGGAGGGAUUGAUGCAUGUGCAAUAUAUGAUGACCAUAAGAUGGAUUCAUCCACGUCUGACAUCUACCUGGGUUUUGAUCCUGACGCUGGAAAAGAGGCUCUUCUACAGUCCGGCAGCCCAGUGUUUGAUUUGGCGGCUUUGCUCGCAGACUCUCAGCAGGUUGAGACAGCAGCGGAGCCCAUCGGCUGGCAUUUUCCCACCGGUGUCGGACUGUCACAGAUGUCUUAUUGCCCUUAUGUGCAGUUUCCUGACUUCAGCUACUAUCCUGCCUUUCAAGACAAUGACAGAAUUGAAGUGAUGUGGCGAGUGUGGGAGGACCUUAGUGAAACCCACACUGGCGCCUGUGGGGACACAGCUGCUGCGUUUGACUUCAGCAUCAUGUCCUACAACAUCCUGGCUCAGGAUCUGCUAGAAGCGAAUCCAGGUCUGUACACACACUGCCCAGAGGAUGUGUUAGCGUGGGACGGCCGGCUCUGGACCAUCCUGAAAGAGCUGCAGAUCUGGCAACCUGACAUCCUUUGUCUUCAAGAAGUUCAAGAAGAUCACUUUCUUGAGCAGAUGUUUCCUGUCCUGACUGACAUGGGUUACACCUGCAUCUACAAACGACGCACAGGAACCAAAACGGACGGCUGUGCGGUGUGUUAUCGCAGUGAGCGCUUUACCCAGCUUUCUGUCAACUUGCUGGAAUUUUGCCGACCGGACUGCGAGCUGCUGGAUCGUGACAACGUGGGCAUCGUGCUGCUCCUCCAACCACUGGCAGGGCAGAAUGAAGCGUUCAGCCCCAUAUGUGUGGCCAACACACACCUGCUGUUCAACCCCAGAAGAGGCGACGUGAAGCUCGCCCAGCUGGCCAUCGUGUUCGCUGAGAUUGACCUCAUGAUCAAGAAAUGCAGCAGUGAAGGAAGACGCUGUGAGGUUAUUUUAUGUGGGGACUUCAACGCUUUACCCAACAGCCCUCUGUGGAAGUUUAUCACCACCGGGCAGCUCUACUACUACGGGUUACCAACCUGGAUGGUUUCAGGACAGAUGGAUUUGUCAUAUAAAGUCUAUCACCCGAGGCUUUUCGCCCCCUUGUGGCCCAGCAGCCUUGACAUCACUGACAGCUGUCAAUACAAGUCUGAAUCGCAGACCGCAGCUUCAGGUAUUUUUCCAGUGGAUAACCGGCAGUACAGCCACGACUUUAUGCUUCAGCUGCGUUACUGUCAGGCGGCAUGUGUGCGUCCCGCAGAUCUGGAGCUCAUACCAGGAGUCACAGACAAAACGCCAGACCCAGAAGACAUGGAAAUUUUCAGCUCAAGGUUCGGGCACACCUUACGUCACACGCUGAGCCUGACGUCCGCUUACAGUCAGGUCCGUCCCGACACUCAGACCGCUGCGGUCACCACACUGAACUCAGAUGGAGCAGCGAUGGUCGACUACAUCUUCUACUCCACCCGGAGGAGCAGCUCUGCUGGAGAGAGCGCUGGCGGUUUGCAGCUGCUGGGCCGUUUGUCUCUGCUGUCAGAGGCUGAUCUCUGGUGUCUGAAGGGUCUUCCCAACGAAACCUUUCCCUCCGAUCACCUCAGUCUGCUGGUCAAGCUCCAGCUCAGAUGAGUGUCUGACUGUAAUGUUUCUCUAAUGUAAGGAUUGUUUUUCUUUAUCAUUUUAAUUGCCUUAUAAUUGGAUUGCAAAUGAAAAAAACAUUUUUGGGUCAGAUGAAUAUUGUUUUCUAUUCAGUAACAGAACGUGUGAAAUUCUCCAGCAUGACAUUUGAUGCAAGGACUACGGUUGACAUGUUCCCAAUAAUUUAAUCAAAAUGCACUUGCUUUUUGUAUUUCUUUUGUUUUGGUUUUGAGUUUCUAUUUUGAAUAGACCUAAAUAAAUAACUGCAUGUGC